AUGACACACUCUAGUAACAGCAUCCAAGUCAUCUCACCUAACACUCAGGAACUCUUGUUCGAGGUACCUACUUUGACGCAAGAUCAAGUCGAUCAAGCCGUGCAAAAAUCAGUUGUCGCCUUUGCCGAGUGGAAGAAAGUGCCCGUUUCCAAGCGUGUUUCAAUUAUGGAAAAGUUUUGUGAGCUCUUUGAGCAGAAAAAGGACAAGAUCGCAACGUCCAUUACAUCCCAAAUGGGUCGUCCUAUUCGUUAUGGUCAUGGUGAGGUCAAGGGCGUCUUGGAAAGAGCGAAUUAUAUGAUCUCUGUCGCGGAAGAAAGCCUCAAGGACGAUGUGAUUGAACAUGUGCCUGGCGUUGUCAAGCGCUAUCAACGUAAAGAGCCCUUGGGGCCUGUAUUCUUGAUUGCUGCUUGGAAUUAUCCUUAUCUCACUACAGUCAACAACAUCAUUCCUGCGCUUUUGGCUGGUAACACUGUCUUGCUGAAGCAAUCUCCACAAACACCACAAUGUGCAGACAUCUUUGUUGAGACAUUGCGAGAAGCGGGUGUUCCCACAGAUGCUAUUCAGGCUGUUCAUGUCCAAGAUAAGGAGGCAAACUAUCUUGUACAACAUCCCUCUAUCCAGUUUGUCAACUUUACUGGUAGUGUUGCAGUUGGCAAGAAGAUCAGACAGGCCAUUGGCGACUCUCAGCAUCUCAUCGGAUCUGGCAUGGAAUUGGGCGGCAAAGACCCUGCCUACGUAUUGCCUGAUAGUGAUAUUGAUUACGCAGUAGAGAACAUUAUUGAUGGUGCCUUCUUUAACUCUGGCCAAUGCUGCUGUUCUAUCGAAAGAUGCUAUGUGCACGAAAGCAUCUACGACGAGUUUGUUGAAAAGGCAGUUGCCCUUGCCAAGGGAUACGUUCUUGGAGACCCCAAUAACCAGGAAACAACUCUGGGCCCCAUGGCCAACAUCAAAUUUGCCAAUAAUGUCAGAGAUCAAGUCAAGGAUGCUAUUGCAAAGGGUGCCAAACCUCUCAUUGAUACCGAGCAAGUGUUCCCCAACGACAAGGCUGGCACAGGCUAUGUGGCUCCUCAAAUUCUGGUGGACGUGAACCACGACAUGCUUGUCAUGACUGAAGAGACAUUUGGCCCCAUCCUCGGCAUCAUGAAGGUCUCUUCCGAUGACGAGGCAAUUCGAUUGAUGAACGACUCCAAAUACGGUUUAACCGCUAGUAUUUGGACUGCCAGUCAAGAUAAGGCCAUUGAGAUUGGAGACCAGAUUGAAACUGGUACUUGGUUCAUGAAUCGAUGCGAUUACAUUGAUCCUGCGUUAGCUUGGGUCGGAGCCAAGGACAGUGGGUUGGGAUUCUCCAUGAGCAAGCAAGGAUACAGCCAGUUUACCAGACCCAAAUCGUAUCACCUCAAGCUUUCUCAAAAGUAA